AUGGGCAACACAAUCGCACUCCCAAUUAUCUGCAGCAUCUCCGCCUACGGCGUUCUCCUGUUGGCUCGGACGAUCUACCGCACCUUGACGUCCUCACUCCGAUUCAUCGAUGGCCCGGCGACAUCAAACUUUGUCUUCGGUCACUCCGUCGUGCUUUCGGAUGUGCCAGAGCAAGGGGACCAAUGGCGGAAACUUUACGGAGCCACUUUCAUGGCCAAGAACCUACUCUGGGAGGAUGACUUGCACACGGUCGACAUCAAAGCUAUCGCCCACGUCCUCAGCCACGGCUCGCUGUACCCGAAAAACCCUGGAUCGGUUGCAAGUCUGCGUCGUAUACUCGGCGAGGGACUUCUUUCCGUCGACAUGGAUCCGCAUAAGCGUCAGCGCAAAAUUCUGUUGCGAGACAUUUUGUCGGCAGAUGUCGAAAAGGCCGGUGGAACCGCAACUAUAGAUCUUGCUGAAAUGUUCCGUCGGGUCACGUUGGACAUCAUGGGACAGACCGGGUUUGGCUACAACUUCAACUCGCUCGAGUCAGGCGGCAAGAAUGAAGGAGAACUGAGCAGAGCUUUCCACAUGCUGUUCCGCGGACCGAACGCCAACUUGAAUAUUGCUGUGCAGAUCGCUCAGGGCGCGAUGCCGAUCCUUCAGUAUCUUCCCCUUCCUGGCUGGAGAAACACCCAGUCUGGGAAAAAGACGCUGCGUACAGUAGGAACGGAGCUUUUGCUCAAGGCCAAAGCCGAAGCUCGGGCACUCGGAGAGAAAGAUCUGGGCUCGGGCCGAGAUCUCCUAUCAGUCCUAGUCAAGGCGAACAUGUCGGCAAAUCUCCAAGACAGCCAACGUUUGAGCGAUGAUGAGGUCAUAGCCCAAAUCCCGACGUUCCUCCUUGCAGGGCAUGACACUAGCAGCAUCGGGCUCGGCUGGGCAGUCCAUGCGCUGUCGCGGCAUCCCGCUGUGCAAGACAAGCUGCGCCAGGAGCUGCUUUCUAUCGAGACGGAAACACCGACCAUGGAGGAACUGAACGCUUUGCCAUACUUUGAGACCGUGAUGAGGGAGACUUUGAGGCUCUACGCUCCAGCAGUCUUUGUUCAGCGUGUGGCGUCACAAGAUGAUGUUUUACCACUCGGCAAACCGUAUGUGGACCGGUGGGGUGUAUCUCACGACACUCUUCCCAUCACUAAAGGACAGUUGGUCACAAUUCCGAUCCUGGCUGUCAAUAGAGACAAGGCGAUCUGGGGUCAGGAUGCCCUAGAGUUCAAACCUGAGCGGUGGGAUAACCUCCCGGAGGCCGUCCAUUCCAUCCCUGGAGUGUGGGGUAAUCAAUUGACUUUCGUUGCUGGCGCUCACAACUGCAUCGGCUUCCGGUUUUCAGUGGCUGAACAAAAAGCUAUCUUGUUCAGUCUAGUCCGGGCUUUCAAGUUGUUGCCAAGUGUUGAGCCGGUCGGCCCGGUCAUCUCAGCGCAGCUCCAGCGGCCAUCCUCGUUUGUUUCCGAUGGAAAGGGUGGAAUGGUGCCAACGGGCGGGCUUUCUAUGGUGCUCAAAGCUUAUCAAGGUUCUGAUAUGUGA